AUGGCCUCCUCUAAUGCUAUGUUGCUUUCGCUUGUCCUUGUGUUUGUCUUCAUCGGUCCCUCUUUGGCAAGGCCUUAUUACCAUGGCUACAGAACCGUUGAGCUGAGGACGAUAUGCGAUGGCACCAUAAAUCCUCAAUAUUGCUGGGAUAAUUUGAGUCCUGGUUAUGGCACCGGUACCACAGAAGAUUGUUAUCGCGUUGCCGAUGGGUCCAUUGACGUGGCCUGUAACAGCGCUAGAGAGAUUCAUGACUUACUCGGUAACAUGGUCGAGAGCACGAAUGAUCCUCAACUAAGAACACUUUACAGGUCAUGUGCCGCAAGAUAUAACACAGCCAUCCGCGACCUCGAACAUGCAAAGAAAUACUUGCUCUCUGGCGACUAUCAGCGUGUGGCGUACGAAGCAACACAUGCCUUGCAGGAUGUCAGUGAAUGCAAAGAGAGAUUUCCAGGAUAUUCAUAUGGCGGUGGCUUUCCAGUCUUGCAGACUCUUCCCUUGUCAUUGAAAUGGAAAAAUCUAUCUACUACUUCAAAAACAGAGGCAUGUAGAACUUGCUUUUUUGAAAAAGAAGAGCUCAGAUCGCAUGGCAUUGCAUCUCAACAGGAGGUUAUAGAUGAAUCCUAUAACUUCACCAUUGAAUCACCCAGAUUAAUGAGCUUUUUCAUUAAGCAUCUCCCAUUGCUGGCUGUUAUCUUUGCUGCAAGUUUCAGCUGCAGUAUCCCUAGAACCGAUGCUGGCUUCUACAUAUCGUUGAGGGGUGAUGGUGAAGUCAACUUGUGCCACCAUGUUGCUUUAGCGCCAUGCCUAUUGUUUACAGCCCCAACCAAAUUGCGGCUUGGGAUUCAUUGCGGAGAACUGCGGUGGUACAUUCCUACCUACCUUAGCGGCUUUAUUUCCAUGGCAGAUCUCUUUGGCGACCAAGAUGGAGUUCUCAAGUCAGUUUCAGACAUACCACCUACUCAUUUCACCCUCAAAAUUCAAUUAUUUUCAUUACUAACAAAGAACAACAUUGAGAGAUACACUUCAGGUGAUUUCGAAGCUGCAGGUUAUAAAUGGAAGUUGGUUCUUUACCCAAAUGGAAACAAGAACAAAAAUAUUAAAGAACACAUCUCUUUUUACUUGAUGAUAUCGGAAGUUAGUUCAUUGCAUCCUGGUUGGGAGGUGCAUGCUGCUUUUCGACUGUUUUUGUUUGAUCAGAACGAGGACAACUACUUAACACUUCAAGAUACAAGAAGAAAGGGAAGACGCUUUUAUGGAAUGAAGCUGGAAUGGGGUUUUGAUCGGUUCAUCCCUCUUACUGUAUUUUCCAAUCCUGAUAAUGGGUAUCUUGUCAACGAUACUUGUGUCUUUGGAGCAGAGGUCUUUGUCUAUCAGGAGAAAAAAAAGGCUAAAGAAGAGUCAUUAUUGAUGAUGAAGGACGCUAUUAAGUACAAGCACACUUGGAAAAUUGAGAAAUUUUCAAAGUUAGACAAAGGGUGUGAAGACUCUGACACAUUCAAUGCUGGAGAUCAAAAAUGGAAGAUACAACUAUAUCCAAAGGGAAAAGGCAGUGGCAUAGGAACUCAUAUAUCUCUGUAUCUGGCUUUGGCUGAUCCCACAGCCCUUCCUCCUGGCUCCAAAAUAUUUGCAGAGUUCAUAUUGCGCAUACUAGACCAAACGCACAGCAAUCAUGACUUCGGAAAAGCGACUUACUGGUUCAGUGCAUCAAGCCAACAAUGUGGUUGGCCUCGAUUCAUUUCACUCAGUUAUUUCAAUUCAUCUUUCAACGGCUUUCUGGUAAAAGACAGUAGCUGGGUGGAAGCAGAAGUCAUUGUCCAUGGGGUGGCUAAUGCACAAAGAAGACGAAAGGUUAUCGAGUCUCCAUAUCAACUGUGGGAUACACUGUCAAGUAGAAAGCUAACAUACGAAGGAAAAUUAACAAAAAUAACAGUAGUCAUGGGUCCACAAGGAUUAUCCACUGUAAGUACUUGGCUUACACCUCCUUUUAUCUUUUUAGGAAUGCUGUAGUUGUAUUUUAAUUUUCUCCUUUUGUUGGCUAGGG